AUGGACGAAAAUCUAAUGAAAGAUUGGUUAGAAACGAUCUGGCUACAACAAGCAGAAAAUGCGAGUCCAAAAAAGUCUCUCUUAGUAUUGGACUCGUUUGUAGGACAUCUUACUCCAUCUGUAAAGGACAAGUGCCAAGAAAUGAAUACUGUCCUAAGUGUCAUUCCUGGUGGUCUUACAUCCGUUCUACAACCAUUGGAUGUAAAUAUAAACAAACCAUUUAAAGACAGGCUUCGUGAAAAUAAAGAACGUGGAUGGCUACUGGAGAACAUGACAGAGAUGGUAGUCAAGUCCUUCGAAAAAUGCGGCAUCUCAAAUGCUUUAGAUGGUUCAGAAGAUAAUUUGAUUAUAGGGGAAGGUGAUGGAGAAGAGACGGAUAAAGGGCAUCUUAUAAUAACAUUAGAGGAUAUCAAUGGAAACAAAGAGAACGAAGACUUUUAA